AUGAAUUCUGAUAUAGAAAAGAAUACAGAAACACUGAAAACUCCAAGUCAAGAUGCGCAAGGUCGUUGGUAUGAAUUACUAUCACCCGCGCAAGUCUUGACUGAACAACAACAACCAUUAGCAACAACAACCACAACAAUAAAGAAAAAACCACGCAAUCGAAAAUUACAACGUUAUUGGCGAAAACUUCGUAAACAACGUAUCAAUGAGACAACAAUAAGAAAGCUGAAGCGUAGCAAGAAACGAGAACGACAACAAACACGCGAACAAAGGCCAACAAUACAUGAGGAGCACCAUGAAGAAAUAAUUCUUCUUAAUGACACAGUGGAAACACCGAAUGAAUCAGAGAAAAUAUUACCAGGUCCAUAUAAUCCUCAAAGAAGUAAAACGAAACGCAAAAGAGAUGAAACAACAAAUCAAAAUGGAACUAUUGUCAAAUCAUUCAGUCAAAUGUCCAUGAAAGAUCAGGAAAGAAAAAAGAAGAAGCGAUCAACUUCUUCUUUGAAAUUAGAACAACAACAACAAGAGAAAAAAAAGGGGGAGAAAGAAGAAAAUGAAAAAGAAGAGAACAAUCAAGAUGAUCAGAGAGAGCAUGUGAACAAUAUCGUUCUAUCAACUAUGAAUGAACAAAAAGUUUCAUUUCAUUAUUAUUUAAAUGUAUCGAAACGAAAAUUUAAACGAAUGUUAAAAACAUCGAUGGUUGGUGACAAACAUGUUCUACAUUGGUGUAAUACGGAAGAAAAAUUGAAUUAUAUUUAUAAUCAUACUCGUUUAUUAGACAGAGUGUAUUAUCUUAAAUUAGAACAAAAUCUUUGGGAAAAUUAUACUAUUUACGGUGAAACGUAUCAUUGUUGGACACCCCGCUUAUCAAAAACAUUUAUUCAACAAAAUCAACUCAAAUCAGAUUAUCGACAAACACGAAAGUCAAUGGAAGUAUAUCGAAAAAAAUUAAUUCAACAAAUAGAAGAAGCUGAACAAAAUCUUGAACAACAUAGAUUAUUAUUAGAAAAUCAUCAACAUCAAGAUUCCAUUGUCAAUGAAGCACAUUUAUGGGCAACUAUUUUAGCUUUAGUACGUAAAGGUCAACAUAAAUUAACGAAAGAAUAUAAACAUCGAAAGAAAUAUUUCAAAAAUAGUGCCAUAGAUUGUCAUCUAGUAAAAGCAUGUUAUGAUUGUCAACCAACACAAGAAGAAAUUCGAUCUAUGCAAUUGAUCUGGCAAGCCACUUAUCAUCAAUAUAAAUCACAAGAAGAUGUAGAUGUUUCAAAACAACAUCUCUAUAUAAAACGAUUACCAAAAUCAUUUGAUUAUUUAGAUCAACCAAGAAGAAAAGUAGAAAAUACAUUAUCAAAUUCGAUUUAUAAUAAUAAUAUACGAACAACACUUUCUACACGUCAUAAAAAAAUUAUUGCACAAAAUAAAUGUGAUCUAAUGAAAUUUCAUAUUAGUCUAGCUGAAGCAGCUGUUCGUAGUUAUCAGCAAAUAGCUGAAAAGGAAAAACAAAAUUUAUUCAAUCGUAUGGUAGCAGAUCCUCUUCGACAAUCGAUGGCAAAUUCAUUGAAGGAAGACAUUGAACGACGACAAAAACAUAUUCAACAACAAAUACAAUAUAUAACAAAACGACGCAUUUGUUUUUUCUAUCAUCGCUCCGACGAUCGUCGACAAAAAUGGAAUCGUCGGAGCUAUUGUCUUGAUACCUAUUGGGAUAUUCUACCAUCAUCACCUAUUAUUGAAGUUUUUUCUCACUUAACUUCGGAACAAUUAGCAUUACUUGCUUACGGUCCAAAAUAUGUUCCACCAUGUCAAAGUCGAUUUUUUAGUAAGAAAAAGAGAGAAAAAAUUAUUGAACAAGAAUAUCAAACGAUCAUGUAUAAAAUUACGGAAUUUUUUCGUGAACAUUCUUUUAAUGUAUCAGAGAAACGUGUCAACGAAUUUUCUAUUGAUUUUAAAAGUCUUCUUCAACGUCUCUAUACAAAAAACAUAUCACGAAAAUUAUAUAUUCGUGCUAAACGUGAACAUAAAUUAAUGAUGAGUAUUCGUCAUUAUUUACAUCGCUAUCAACAAGUUAUUUUACGACGAACAGAUAAAAGUAAAGUAUUUCAUCUCGGUGAUGCUCAUGAUUAUGAAGAAAAAGUACGCCAAUAUAUGCAAGAAACAAAUGCUUAUGAAGAAAUUAUAUCAGGUAUUUCACCGUUAGCUACAAAUUUACAACAAGUUAUAUCAUUAUUGGAUCGUCUCUAUCAUACUGAAAAGCCACUUAUUACGAAAAAACAAUAUGAGAAGAUGAUUCCACAAUCAAAUGAAAUUGAAUUAGGUCAUCUCUAUUUUCUACCAAAACCCCAUAAAAUUGCUACACCAUUACGACCUAUUGUUGCUUCAAUUCAUGCACCAGCCACGAAAAUAUCAGCCUUUCUAGAUGAUUUACUUCGUCCAAUAUUUUAUCGCGUUGCCAAUAAUACUAGUUAUAUCAAUGGUACACAUGUUGUUCAACAAUUAGAACAAUAUCAACGCGAAGGUCAUUUAUUACCAACAACCAAAUUUAUUACCAUUGAUGUCAAAAAUCUUUAUACAAUGAUACCAAAAGCAGGUGCAUUGGAUGCUUUAUAUCGUUUUUGUAUGAAACAUGCAACAAAAGAACGUCAAAUGGGCAAUUUAACUGUCAAUACGAUCAUACGAUUAGCAUGUGUUGUUUUAGAUACGAAUUGUUUUGUAUUUGAUAAUAAAUAUUAUAAACAAAUUCGUGGUGGUGCUAUGGGCUCACCAUUUACAACAACAUUAGCAAAUAUCUAUAUGUAUGAAUGGGAACAACACUUAAUUCAAUAUCAACAGGAAAGACAUGAAGUCUAUGGUCGAUAUAUCGAUGAUAUUUUUAUGACUUCAAAUGAAUCAUUGGAUAAGAUCAAAGAUUUACUUGAUCAGGAAGCUAAAAAAGAUGUUAAUAUUGGUAUUAAUUAUAAGAUUGGUGAAUCAACCGAAUUUCUUGAUGUUUUCAUUGACAAUUGUCAAGGCAAAUUAAAAACAUCUGUUUUUCGUAAACCAGCUGCCGAACCUUAUCUCCUGCCAUAUCAAUCAGAUCAUCCGCAUCAUAUUCGUUCGAAUACAAUUUAUACAGCAUUACUUCGUGCUAGUCGUCUUUGUUCGAAUGUUGAAUUAUUUGAUGAAGAACGAUUAAAUAUUGAAAUUGCUUUACUCUUAAAUGGUUUUUCGCCUAAAUUUAUUACUCAUCAUAUUAAACGAUUCUUUCGUAACUAUAAUGCUCGUUCUAUUUACAAAGAGUUAGAUGCCGAGGCCUAUCAACAGUUACAUCAACAAUUACUUACGGAAUUCUUCCAUAGUAAUGAUCAACUACAACAACAAACAUCAAAAGAAGAACAAGUACAAGUAACAGAAGAGAAGCCAGAAAAAGCUAUCAAGAAAUCAAUCAAACAAAAAAAAUUAAUUCUUCAUUAUCGCUAUGAAAAAGGUCCAUUGUCAUCGUUUAAUCGUGAAUUUCGAAAAUUAUGGGAAAAACAUUUUUGCUAUAAGAACUCCAAAAUAAAUAAUGUUCGUUUAAUACUUGGCAUACGAAUUAAUCCAUCACUCGAUCGCCUAUUAAUUAAAAAGAAACCAUCACGUACUCUAUUAACGCGAAUGGAUACUAUUACUUCAACGACAACAGUCGUAGCAACAUAA